UCCUUUCUCCUUUCUCUCUCCACUAGCAGUGAGCAACACCUACCCUAAAAAAGCUUUAACCUUUUUUCAUUUUCUCACCGCAAUUCAACCCAGGUUCGUACGCCGUCCCACCAACCUUCGAUUACUCCUUCAAUGGCUGCUCCCCCUUCUCUCUCCGAGCAAUAUUCUUUGCCAAAAGAUGAGAAGCCUGCUGAAUCAAAACCUAUUGAAGUAGCAGAGGUUGAGACUGCAGCAGAAGCUGCUCCUGAGAAAACUGAAGAAGCACCUGCUGCUGUAGAAGAGAGCAUUGAAGCACCCUCUGCUCCAGCUGUUGAGAGUAGUGAGGCUCCAGUAGUUGAGAGCAGUGAGGCUCCAGCUGAUGAUGCUCAAACGAGCAAUGAGGAUGCUGCUCCAGCAGCUGAGGAAAGCAGCGAAGCUCCAGAGCAAGAAGAAGCCAGCGAAGAGACUCCAGAAGAAAUAAAGCUUGAGACUGCACCAGCAGAUUUUCGUUUCCCAACCACAAACCAAACAAGGCAUUGCUUUACCCGAUACAUUGAGUAUCAUCGGUGCACCGCUGCCAAGGGCGAAGAUGCCCCAGAGUGUGAUAAAUUUGCUAAGUUCUACCGGUCUCUCUGCCCUGGUGAAUGGAUUGACAGGUGGAAUGAGCAAAGGGAGAACGGCACCUUUCCUGGACCUCUGUAAGAUGAGUCUUCCUGAACAGAUGGAUUCAUGUGGUUAUGUUGAUUUUGUCUAAUUCAACUGUGUGUCCAGGGAUACCUGCUGCCUAAAGCAAAUUUCAUAUAGAAGGCCUAGUUAAUAAAUUUAGGCUUGUCCGUUGGAACUAAAUUUAGUCCCAAAAUACAGAAAGAUGUACUUUUUGCUCAUGUAAUAAUUUUGUGGUUACGUAUCCUGUUAACUGAGCACUGGAACUCAGUUAUUGUAGGUCGAAAUGUCCAAUGGUCUCCAUUUUUUACACACUGAAAUUGUGAGAAAAAUUCUGCGGCACUUUCAUAAUUUUGCAGCUUCUGCAUAUUCACUUC